GCAGGCAGGCAGGCAGGCAGGCAGGCAGGCAGGCAGGCAGGCAGACAGGCAGACAGACAGACCGCCUCCUCCAGCAGCGCACAAUGAUCCAACUCCUCCGCUGUCGACCCGGCUGCUGCCUUCAGAAAACUCCAGACUGUCACGGAAUAAAUAAAGUCGUCAGUUUCUGAGAAAAGCGCCAAGAAGCCUCUUUUCUUUGCAGCAGGAGUGCUCACCAGUUAAACUGCCAUCGCGGGCUCUGCCUGUUCAGGUUUAAGGGGGCUUUUACCCUCAACGUUCGACCACCGGCUCACCUGCAGAAGCCAAACUAUGCGCUCCCAGGCUGCGGUCCCCCGGUUUAUGUCCCUUUUAUUCGUCCUCUUCCUUCCCCCUGUUUUUUCCUCCUCCUCCUCCCGUCCCCAGUGGGUUCUACAGCGUGUCCCUGUGGUCCUCCCACAGCAGACGGAGGCUCGAUCAGCCCCUCAUUUCCUGUCUCCGGCCCGCUUGGAGGUCAGCUCGCCCUGUGACCCAGAAUGCCACAAAAGGGCCCCUCGCCCGAGCUACUGGGACCUGCGGCGUCUUCUGUCCUAUGAGACACUACACUCUGAUGGUCAACUUACUGAGACCGCCAUUGGGAUCUAUGGCUACGACCCCAGUUCUAACACCAGCCCGGCCUAUGCCUCAGGGUCGUCUGGGAAGGCUGAGCGGUCACACGUCAGGAGGAAGCGACAGAUCUUCGGCCAUGACGGCCGUUUUAGCAUUGCUGGGCAGAACUUCCUGCUUAAAUAUCCAUUCUCUGUGGCUGUCAAGCUGUCCACUGGGUGUUCUGGUACAUUGGUGGGGGACCGUCAUGUUCUCACAGCAGCUCAUUGUGUUCAUGAUGGUAAAAACUACGUGAAAGGAGCGCAGAAGCUCCGGGUUGGGUUUCUAAAAACCAAGCAACGAGACACACAGGCUUCUCCAUUUUACCUUCCCUCCAACUUCACCAACCAUGUUGAAGGUGGCUCUGCUUCUUACACUCCACCAACCAACGACAAAAUGAAGUUUCAGUGGAUCAGAGCCAAGCGCACCCAUGUGCCCAAAGGAUGGAUUAAAGGGAAUGCCAAUGACAUUGGGAUGGACUAUGACUACGCUUUGCUUGAACUCAAGAAACCCCACAAACGCCGCCAUAUGAAGUUAGGAGUCAGUCCCCCAGCUCAGAGGCUGCCAGGUCGACGAGUCCACUUCUCAGGAUUUGAUAAUGACCGUCCAGGCAAGCUGGUGUAUCGGUUCUGUCGGGCUGGUGAGGAGACGUCAGACCUGCUGUACCAGCAUUGUGAUGCUCAGCCCGGUGCUAGCGGGUCCGGAGUCUACGCCCGGAUGUGGGAUGGGCGGCGCCGGCGCUGGGAGCGGAAGGUGAUAGGCGUGUUUUCUGGGCAUCAGUGGGUGGAGCGACAAGGGGCGUCUCAGGAAUUUAAUGUAGCGGUGAGAAUCACACCUCUCAAAUACGCACAGAUCUGCUACUGGAUAAAAGGAAACUUUGUGGACUGCCGAGAAGGGUAAGAGGUGUACUUAUGAAACCAUAGGCCCAUUACAUCCUCACACAUCAUAUUGGAAUAUUUGGGGCCGCAAUAAUUCACAUAUUUACCCCACCACUUGUAGCGCUGAUGUAACAAUCAAUAUAAACAUCAACAUUUUGUUUGUUGCCCCCAUUCUCAGACGCCAAUACGGCAUUACUGUAAAUACAGACCUGAUAGACACAAAUCCAGUAUUGACACUAUGUAAACAGGGCGUGUUCAUUUCAUUUAUGCUUAGUUUUUUUUUUCAUUACUGGGGAAAGGUCAUGUGGUUUUGCAGAAUAAAUGCAGGCUUAUCUGGUUCUCGGAACAUUUGUCUAGAUAACAAAGUUAUCUGGAACACCCUCAGAUCUGAACAUGGACUAAUGUAAAACAACAGGCCCUCAGAAGGCGCAGGACUGGUAAAAUGGUUUCAACAUACAUUCUAGCCUUUUUAUUGUGCUAAUACUAAAGAUUGCACUGUUAAAACGCUUGUUAUUCUAUUGAGAAUUAUUUUUGUGGAUGAAUGUACGAGUCAGCAACCAAAGGUGCAGUUUCUCUCCAAACUAUCAUAUAUUCUCUCAGUGGACACACUAGUUCUCUACAAGGUGUACUCUCUCCGCUAAAUAAACAGUGUUUUGAAAGAGCAUUUAACUUGUUAUACAGAAUGAUAUUAAAUGACUGCAGAUGCCAAGGCUGCGGAUUACUUGUUAUAAGAA